AUGAGUCAAAUGUUGUUUUUAAAGAUUGUUAGUGAUAUUGAGCAACGUUACGUGUACUUUCUAGAGCGUGUAGAUCGGAAGGGGGCAGCGAGAAGGUCUCGCGAAAGCCAUGAUCAUUUUUGCACCACGAUCAUCGAGUUAUAUCGUUGCGAGUACUUACGUAGGCCAACUAGUCAUGACAUUGCACGCUUGUACGAAGCGCAUGAACGGAGACACAAGAUUCUGGGAAUUCUAGGUAGUCUUGCUUGUACGCAUUUUGUUUGGAGAAAUUGUCCUAAAGCGUUGAAGGGACAAUACAAGAGAAGUGAUCAUCCAUACCCCACGGUUACGCUUGAAGCCGUUGCUUCACAAGAAAUGUGGAUUUGGCAUGCUUUUUUUGGUCCUCCAGGGUCGCUCAACGAUAUCAACGUUUUGAAUCAAUCGACAUUGUAUAUGAGGGAACGAAAUUCGACGGCUCCUGACUUGUCUUUUACCGUAAACAGUCGUCACUACAAAUGCGGACACUAUCUUACCUAUGGAAUCUAUCCUAGGUGGUUGACUCGUGUCAAAGCAAUGUCAUAUCCGAUUGAAACAAAUGUCAAGAAGUUCAAGAAAGUCAAUAAUCAGCAAGAAAGGAUGUAG